UCAUAUUUCCUGUUUCGUCGCUAUAUGACCUAAAUUGUGUUGGUGCGCCGUAAAACCAAACAAAACAAACUGUCAUCAGGACAGGAAUCAGCAGGAUAGUUUGAACGGCCUAACUUGUAUGUUACAUCAGAAUAACUGACAGGUUUGUUGGUGUCUGUAAUAUGUACUUAAAUGCUCCUGAUCACUGUUAUGGAACACAGGUUUUUUUAUUUAAAAUCAACAAAUAAUUUUUGUUUUGAUCUUUGAAGACUUUAUCAUGAAAUGAUCUAAAAAUGGAAGAUACUCUAUACAUUUUUCUUUCUUCGGUAUUUCUGCUAUAUCAGUUUAUUAUCAUAAGUUCACAAGAGGAACCAUGUCUUAAUAUAGAGGAUAAGACAGUUCACAGGAUAGGACUUCAGGAAACACAAUUUUGGACAGCGAAAACACUACAUUUUGAACACUGUGCGAAACUUUGUGUCCGGCAAAAAAGAUGCAACUCAAUCACGUUUGACACACAAAGUCGCAUGUGUGAACUUAACACUGGAACGAGAACGGAUACACAGACAAGAACCGGAGAAAACCUUUUGUACUCAGAAUUUAAGUGGUGGCCUUCUAGUCUGGAUAAGAAUUGCUACAGUCGUCCUUGUGCAGAGUCCGAGUCUUGUAUCCCGGUAACGCUGCUUGGUGGAUCUGCAGAGUGUUCUUACACGUGCAUUCAGACUUUCAGAGAUGUAUGUCCACUGCCUCGAUGGGGUGUAUCCAAUGGUAGGACAGUGGGGUCAGUCAACACUUACGUGUGCGGUAAGGGUACAACUGGUGGAGGGACUGCAGUGUGUUUACCUAAUAAACAGUGGGAUAAGGAUAUCACACCUACGUGUACACCCAUUUUUGGUCAGAAGUGCAGCGACAACGGGCUUUGUUCUGAGAUAGACGGAAAAUGCUCAGAUCAAGGUGUGUGUCAGUGUGAACCAUACAGGACAUAUAACGAUACACAAAAACAAUGUGAACCUGAUUGCGGUGAACCUCCUGAAGUUGACAAUGCUCAGAAAAAUGGUAGCAAGUCCAGCGUUAUGUAUACGUGUAAAGCUGGUUACCGUCCUUCAUCUGCCUCUAGUAACACCAUUACGUGUACACAGUCAGGCUGGGAACCAACGAAUAGUUUCUCUUGUGUUUUUGCCUGUGGUGACCCGCUUGAAGUUCCAGGGGCUACAGUAACCGGGUCCGGAUCCGUGCGGAAGUAUACGUGCAACGCACCCUUAUACAAUAUUCCGGGAAAGGGGAGUGAGACGAUAAUUUGUGAUGAAUCUUUGGGAAACUGGACACCGACAGGCUUUAAAUGCGGAGGUAUACGCCUGAUUCUGGGUCAACCUGAAUUCAGAGAGUAUCGUAAUUGGCAUCUCAGCGGGUACCUUGAAAUGUUUAUAGAAGAGUGGAGGGCUAUAUCCCCACACAUGUGGACAUGGAAUGAUACAAAAGUUGCAUGCAGACAACGUUUUGGUCUAGAAUUUGGAGGAACAUAUUAUAAGAAUUGGUAUAAUACAAGCAACCCAAGUCAACUUCCUAAAAUUUCUAAUUUGAACACUGGAUGCCACGGAGACGAGGAAAUACUUGAACUUUGUCCUGGGUUUCUAUUAAAGAGUGAUUACUCGGUUAACGAGCUUGCGUUAACCUGCUUCAAAUACGGCAACAUAGGUAAUGUGCUAAACACUUCUAGAAAGUGGAAAUUUCACGUUUUAUGGUUACGUUGUUACAUGUCAUUUUAUAUCACUUUAUGUAAAAUUUGUACAGUCAUAUAACGUAAUUUUAUGAUACGUAUCUUAAGAAACAGAUAUGCUUAAAUGACUCUCUAGAUUCAAUCGAGC